GCAAUUCCUCAGUUUCACUUCAUACCCGACUAGGCGACUAGUGUUUGCUUCUCUUCGUCUCUUCUUCUCUUGAUCGAGCUUACCUCAAAAACCCUAGCUAUUGUUCUGCAAACCGUUGGCUAUGGCGAAGGUCGGAGUCACGAUCGAAGUCGGGAGCGAUGGAGUCGCAAUUAUCACGAUGCGUAAUCCUCCCGUGAACGCACUAGCCCCUUCAAUUAUCGCAGCGUUGAAGGAGAAGUACACAGAAGCGAUGAGAAGAAAUGAUGUUAAAGCUAUUGUGCUGACGGGUGAGGGUGGAAAAUUUUCUGGUGGUUUUGAUAUCAAUGUUUUUCAGACCAUCCACAAGAAUGGGGAUAUUUCACUAUUACCAGAUGUAUCAGUUGAACUUGUGGUUAACAUAAUGGAAGAUGCAAAAAAGCCUUCUGUUGCUGCUGUUCAAGGACUUGCACUUGGCGGUGGCCUAGAAUUGGCAAUGGGAUGCCAUGCACGUAUUGCCACACCAAAAACUCAACUUGGCUUGCCAGAGUUGUCACUUGGAGUUAUUCCUGGGUUUGGAGGCACUCAACGUCUUCCAAGGCUUGUUGGGUUACCAAAGGCUGUUGAAAUGAUGCUGUUAUCGAAGCCAAUAAUGUCUGAAGAAGGGAAGAAGUUAGGUCUUGUUGAUGCUAUUGUAUCCCCUAAAGAUUUGCUGAAAGUAUCUCGACUCUGGGCUUUGGACAUUGCUGAAAGGCGUAGACCUUGGAUGAAUUCACUUCACAGGACUGACAAACUUUGUUCCCUUUCUGAAGCACGUGAGAUAUUGAAAUCUGCUAGAAAACGAGCAAGACAGACUGCUCCAAAUAUGCCUCAGCAUCAGGCAUGUCUUGAUGUGAUCGAGGAAGGCGUUGUUUUUGGAGGAUAUUCUGGUGUUUUGAAGGAGGCAAAAGUCUUUAAGGAGUUAGUGUUAUCAAGCACGUCAAAAGGUCUUGUUCAUGUCUUCUUUGCUCAACGUGCUACGUCCAAGGUACCUAAUGUUACUGAUCUUGGGCUUAAGCUAACGAGCAUAAAAAAAGUUGCUGUAAUUGGUGGGGGUCUGAUGGGUUCUGGCAUAGCAACAGCUCUUCUCCUUAGCAACAUAUCUGUUAUACUUAAGGAAAUUAAUUCUGAAUAUCUGCAAAAGGGGAUGAAAUCAAUAGAAGCAAAUCUUCGAAGCCUAGUUACAAGAGGAAAAUUGACACAGGAUAAAGCAGAGAAGGCCUUUUCAAUUCUUAAAGGUGUAUUGGACUAUUCAGAAUUUAAAAACGUCGAUAUGGUCAUAGAGGCUGUUAUUGAAAACAUUCCACUUAAACAAUCAAUAUUUAAUGAACUUGAGAAGUCUUGCCCUCCUCACUGCAUUCUGGCAACAAACACAUCUACAAUUGACCUGAAUAUAAUUGGAGAAAAGACCAGAUCUCAAGAUCGAAUUGUGGGGGCACAUUUCUUCAGUCCUGCACAUGUGAUGCCUCUCCUAGAAAUUGUUCGUACGGAGAAGACUUCUGCGCAAGUAAUCCUUGAUUUAAUGGCAGUUGGGAAGAUGAUAAAAAAAGUUCCUGUUGUGGUGGGAAAUUGUACUGGAUUUGCAGUCAACCGUACCUUCUUCCCAUACACACAAGGAGCACAUAUUUUGGCAGGCUUAGGAGUGGACGUGUUCAGAAUUGACAGAUUGAUCAGCAGUUUUGGCAUGCCGAUGGGUCCUUUUCAGCUUCAGGACCUGGCUGGAUAUGGGGUAGCAUUGGCAGUGGGGAAAGAAUUUGCCACUUCAUUCCCAGAUCGGGCAUUCAAGUCUCCACUUGUGGAUCUUCUGGUGAAAAGUGGACGAAAUGGUAAAAAUAAUGGAAAAGGAUAUUAUACAUUUGAAAAGGGAAGCAAGCCAAAGCCUGAUCCUAGUGUUGUACCAAUUAUUGAGGAAUUUAGAAGGCUUUCCAACAUCAUGCCUGGUGGAAAGCCCAUAACUGUGAGUGACCAAGAAAUUGUGGAGAUGGUUCUCUUUCCAGUGGUAAAUGAGGCUUGUCGUGUUCUGGAUGAAAGAGUGGUUGUUCGAGCAUCAGAUCUAGACAUUGCAUCUGUUCUUGGAAUGAGUUUCCCUUCUUAUCGUGGUGGUAUCGUGUUUUGGGCUGAUUCAAUUGGCUCUGGAUAUAUAUAUUCGAGUCUCAAGAAGUGGUCUGAAACAUAUGGUAGCGUCUCUGGCUUCUUCAAACCGUGUAGGUUUUUGGAGGAGAGAGCAGCUAAGGGCAUGCCAUUGAGUGCACCCGUCUCGAGCUCUCAACCUUGGAGGCCGCGUCUCUAAAUAGCACCUUGGUGCAGGCCCACGUCAAGUAUGAGCAUGUACCAUGCACUGUAGGAAAAAUAAAUAUUGAUGGUAUCCAUCUCUUGGAAAAUUUAAAAUGCAAAAAAGAUACAUGCAGCAUCUCUUAGAUAUUGUUCUCAAAUAUUUCCUUGUCAAGAUGAAUUGGUGCUUAAUAUGCUUUUUUCCACUGUGAUGUAAUUCAAAGUAAGCUUAUUUAUACAAGGCUCCUCCGGCUGUAGAAUAAGCAUUGCAAAGUA